AUGCCUACCUACGAGCUAUCGGUUAUAUUGCGACAAAUGUCUAGGCCCGACAUGGUUGCCACACUGAAACGGACCGCAACAGCUAUCUUCGACAAAGGUGGUAUAAUUCGUAAGCUGGAUAAUUUGGGUACUAAACCGCUACCGUUCAAAACCAGUGCGCACGGUGUAGUUCAUCGGACGGGUUCAUAUUUUGUGUUCAAAUUUGACACACCACCCGCCGCAAUCGAUGACCUGGACGAAGAGUAUGGGCGCGAUAUUGACAUCGUUCGGAAGCGUAUCUAUCGGGCGGAUGUGUCGCAACAGGAAGAGAUUACCUGCACGUUGCACGACGAGAUGCUACCACCGGCGUACCGCGAGGACGUACAGAAGAUGAUAGCGACGGCCGAACGUAACAAGACCAAAAAGGUGUUCCAGUACAACACGGGGCUGGAUUAUUAUCCGUUCCAAAAGUAA